GGGCCUCCCGCCGAGCGAAGGGUCGGAGCGCGGGAGGUGCCGCCGUUCCUCUCGUGCCGGGCCGCCCGGUGCCGGGCGAGCGGAGCUUUGUGGUGUUUCGCUGCAGGGAAGAUGGCCUCGCGGCGGAUCACGCGGGAGACGUUCGAUGCUGCGGUGCAGGACAAAGUGAAGCGGUACCGCGCGGAGCGGGGCGGGGCGGCGCGAGAGGCGAUGCGGCGCUUCAAAGCUCAUUCAAGGCCAGUCCCAAGACCGAGAUAUGAGGACAGCUUUCAUGAUGAUGGAAGAUACGACGAUGCCCAGCACCAUUCACACGAUGACUGGAUUGAGAACCCUAGAGAUGAGUAUCCAGGACCUUCUUACAGAUCUGCAAGCCCUCUCAUAAGGAAAGCUAACUACUACCAUGAACAGUUUGGCCACCCGGCAUCUCAUGACCGGGAAUACGGGCACCCAGCUGCACGGGACCGGGAGUACGGGCGGCCGGCUUCUCAUGGCCGGGAAUAUGGGCACCCCCUGCCUCGGGACCGGGAGUACGGGGGCCUGGCUUCUCAUGAUCAGGACUACGGACAUCCUGACUCUUGGGAAGCUGCUGGACCACAUGAAACUGACUUUAGUUCUUCAGAUAUUUUAGGUGAUUUUAGAUCACCUGGACUCAUGGAAGAUGAAUACGGCAACGUGGAAAGUCAGGAGUAUGAUGUAGACUUUGGAAUUCAAUCUGACAGUGAGUUCCGACCCCCCAUUAGGAGGGGCAGCAUUGGCAGGGGAAGAGCCCUGCGAGGGAGGCGUAUUACAAGGGGCACUGCUAAAGCUAAACUAUUCAAAGGAGACAUCAAAACCCCUCUAAAGAAAUGGAACGCUAAAAAACCGCAGCCAGGCCCUGAUCAGAAGCCAACUGUGCAACCUGAUCAAAUGCCAGAAACUGCUGACCGACCCAACCAGAGGCCGGUGGCUGUUCAGCACCCCAAUCAGAAGCUGCCUCCACAACCUAAUCAAAGGCCAGCUAUAGCAACCCCGAGGCCCAUUCUCAGGCUCCCGAAGCCUGCACAUGUUUUCAGAAAUCUCAAUUUUGAGCUUGUGGAUAAGUCUGACAUUUUUUCAACGUUUGGAAUACAAAUCAUAAAAUGGGCUGGAUUUCACACAAUAAAAAACGAUGCGGAAUUUUCUCGACUCUUUGGAGCUCUCUUUGAGCUGGAGACAGAAACGUGUGCAAAAAUGCUUGCUUCGUUCAAAUGCUCCUUAAAGCCAGAACACAGAGAUUAUUGUUUCUUUACUAUCAAGAGUUUACAACAUGCUGCUUUGAAAACUCCCAAGGUGGACAAUGAGUUUUUAAAUAUGCUGUUGGACAAGGGUGCUGUGAAAACAAAGAACUGCUUCUUUGAAAUAAUAAAACCUUUUGAUAAAUACAUAAUGAGGCUACAAGACCGCCUGCUAAAGGGUGUCACGCCUCUGCUUAUGGCCUGCAAUGCUUAUGAAUUAAGCAUUAAGACAAACGGUUUUGGUAACCCCAGAGAAAUGGCAAGUGCUUUUGAGACCACUGUUUCUCUUUGUCGUAAGUCUUUAGCGCUUCUGGGUCAGACCUUUGCAUUAGCAUCUGUUUUCAGGCAAGAGAAAAUACUGGAAGCUGUAGGGCUACAGGAAAUGGCUCCAGCACCAACCCUGUUCCCAAACUUUGAUGAUUCAACAUUGUUUGGAAGAGAAUACAUUGAGAACUUAAAGGCUUGGUUGGAGAAAAGUGGAUAUCCAAUUCAGAUGAAAAAAGCUGAAGCAGAGUCCACAGUGCAGCUUAAAAAACCCUCUCCUGACACAAAAGUUAAAAUCCCACAGCGAGCUGAUCGGGAAAUUGUAGAAACAAUUGAACAGCUCGUGAAUAGCAUUGUUUCAGGAACCUUGUCUGCCAAAGAGAGAAAUGCUCAAAAGAACUGUCCUGAAUAUUGGUUCUUGUCUGAUGAAGAUAGUCUAGAAUACAAAUAUUACAGACUGAAGUUGUCAGAGGUGCAAAGAAAGACAUCGUCAGGAAAGGAAGCAGGUGGUGAGGGCAGAACGCUAGAAGAGUCUGCCACAGAAUCAGUCAGGGCCAUGUUGUAUGCCAGGAAAGUCGCAAGUAUUAAGAGAAGGCUAUUCAAAAGGAAAAGGACUGGAGUUACUGCACAGCGUGGAAUUCGAGGAAGGAAGGUGAGGAGAACGACCAUAGGGACACAGACUUUGCUUUCAGCUGGUACAGUGCUGAAACACCAAGACAAGCAUCUUCAAGAGUCAGUCCAGUCAGAGCCUUCUGUAUCAGAAACCACCACGUCUGAGAAUUCUUCUUCUCUUGAUCCCUCAUCCUCACAAUGUGGCACCAGUUCAGAGGUCCCUCUGCCAUCAGAAGGAAGGGUGGAUUCAGAGGAUUUACUGGCACCACCUGAACUUUUCUCAUCGUUGCCCUGUCAGUUUCCUGAUGUGGAUGCUAAAACGAUGGAGACAGCUGAGAAGCUUGCCAAGUUUGUUGCUCAGGUAGGACCAGAAAUUGAGCAGUUCAGCAUAGACAACAGUGCGGAUAACCCAGACCUCUGGUUUCUACAGGAUCGAAACAGUUCUGCUUUCAAGUUCUACCGCAUGAAGGUCUAUGAGUUAUGUCCCUCUAUUAACUUCAGUGACGUGAAAGAAGCAAAUGAUGCUGGGGAAGAUGCUAAACCUGAAGAGAGAAAUGUGGAUAUUUCGGAGGAGGAGGAGGAGGAAGAAGAAGAAGAGGAGGAAGACAAUGAGGAGGAAGCUGAGUUUGAGGAGGAUAUUUCCCGACCUUUGGAAGAAAUGGAGCAAGCUGAGGAGGGAGAAGAUGAUGAUAUCUCAGCAGGUAGAAGUGUGGAAAACCUUGCUGAAGAGAUGAUUUCCAAAACAGGAGAGGAAAUUUCAACAGGUGAAACACAGCUUGCUGCAUCAUCUGAUGGUGCUAUACCAAAUCUGUCAACACAGGCAUCAGCUCCUGCCACUGGAACCCUAUUUCCCCGCAAGAGAAUCAGCAGCAAGUCUCUGAAAGUUGGUAUGAUUCCUGCGUCUAAAAGGAUAUGCCUCAUAGAAGAACCAAAAGUUCAUGAACCUGUCAGAAUUGCUUAUGAUAGACCUCGUGGCUGCCCCGUUACAAAGAAGAAGAAGAAACCAAAAGAUUUAGAAUUUUCACACAAGAAACUGACAAACAGAAAUGUAGGUUUCCAGAUGCUUCAGAAGAUGGGCUGGCAAGAAGGACAUGGCCUGGGUACACGAGGAAAAGGAAUCAGAGAGCCUGUAAAAGUGUAUGUAAUGGGAACAAACUGCAGAAAUCUGGCAGCUGUGGAACAGGCUGGGAUCCUAGUAGUAACUAUUUCUAUCUUAACCUUCCUUGAUGUGGCCAAUUCCGUGUUUUGUUUCCUUCUUGAUGUGGUCUUUGGCCUCAGCAAAGUAGAGCGUGCAGACUUCACGCGUUUUUCUGGCCAGGCUGAGCACAGUCUGGUCUGGAAGUUGGCUGUUCCUUGCUGUGCACUUUGACAUCACUGACGUUGCAGUGUGAAUGCUGCAGUGUGCGGACGCUUUCAAAAGAUAUAUGGGUUCCCCUAUUAUUCAGGAGAUGUUUUUGUUUGGUAUAUUUAGUUGUUUUUUUUUUUAAUACCUGCUAUCUUGGGGAUCUCCUUGCCAACAUGCUAGGUAUGUAAGAUAUAAAUAGACUCUGGGAAUAUCAUACACAGUACUCCCUAGGUGUAGGCAACAAAAUUAUUUUCACUGUAAAUAUGUGAUUCAUUCCAUUGCAUGCUGAAAGAGGUAAGUGCAUCCACCAGAAGGUAAGUGUGCUUCUUCCUUUAAAAUGUGCUUCUGUUUUUGAAUCUUCACUUUGUCUUUUAAAGUUGCUGUAUCCUGUGUCUACUGCUGAAGAAUGGAUAUCAACUCCCUGACUGAAUAAGGAGGCAGAAUCAAUUUAUUUGUCUCUGAACCCAUAUGCCAAGCUUUCUAGUCCAUACAUGGAAUUUGUGGGUUAAUGUUCUCUUCAUGCCUUUGACAGUACUGGUCAUUUUAGUUGGUGGCAUACUUCCAGUUGUUUGCUUUCUCUUUUUGUUAUGGUUCCCUGUGGUCCAGUGGCAAUUACUGUAUUUUUUUCCAUUGAUCUUUCAUCUGCAACAAUUGGACAGUGAGAAAGCAGCUGACCUCUCCUCCAGCUCUGUUGUGCUCACAUGUGUCAGAACCUUGGGUUCUUAACCUCAAAACUUGUUGGGACCAAAUAUAUCAUCAACAUGUUCAUUUUUAUAGCUCCUGGCACAAGUCUUGCUUCACAGCUAAUAAUAAGCUAUUUAAUUGUAUUUGGUCUGAUAGCUAACCCCUCAUAUUCUAAAAAUGUCUGUCCAUCUCUAAGAACCAUGUUUUUAGUAUGUGAAAAAACUGUUUUCCAGUUUGAGUCCGUUACUUUAUCACCCAUAAAGUGAUUUAGAGUAGUGAAUGUUUGUUUUUCUUAGAAAAACUUGUUGAUCUUUUCCGUAGAGGUAAGUCAAGUCCAUAUCAUUGAUUGUUUUCAUGGUGUCCACCUCUCUUUACUUUCCAGUCAAAGUCAUUCUUUGGAAAAUACUUCAAGUUCAUCUCAGUGAGAAUGAAACCACUGCAACUUAAUGUUUUACUUUCCUGUUGUUUUGUUCCAGUGCAGAGUGCUUGGGUUUUUGUUCCAUGUGGUUAACCUGUAGCCUUCACUCUUGCCUCACCUUUUAAAGCUACCGACUCUUCUGCUGAUGGCUUGUUUAAAAGUCGGCAUGCUGUCUCAUCUUCUCUCAGCAAAAGGUGAUGGAUUAGCAGUGGUAGACGCUCCGAUUCCAGUGUAGCACUUACAUCAAACAGCGUGUGACACGUUUCUAUCAAAGUAAUAUAUUCAGUUACAUCAGUUGUCACACAGUGGAACUUGGGGCUCUUUUUUAUUGGAGAAGCUUAAGGCUUUUCUUCGAAAGGCUGCUAGGGCAAUUCAUAUUUUUGUUGCUGUAAAAGGUGUAUGAAUUGAGAGGUGACCCCUCAAGGAAAUGAUGGCUACAAAUGUUUUGAAUGGAGUUUCAUACCAAUCUUAAGUUGCUCUUCCCUAUCUGGAGAACUUAGUUGCCACAGCUGUGUAUCUGACCAGUUCAAAAGAAAAAAAACAGUAUUCAGGAUUUGUAACGUGGACUGUAAAGUGGAAUUUGCUUGUUAGAGUCUGGGAAUAUUCUUCUGCAAUUGUACAAAGACCUGCUUGGCUGAAGUGGACCUGUUAUUACAGAAUUUAGAUAAGAACCAUUUUUCUUUAUUCUACGUAAGGUUCUCAGAUUAAUUUUAGUACAUGGGUCAAAAAGUUUUUCCAACUUCAUGUAAUGAAAUCUUUAAUGGGUAAUAGUAAUAUGAUGAACCCAGAGGAUAAAACUGGCACAGAGGAUCACUCCUGUGGCAGAAUUUUCACUAAUCUUAGCUUUGUAAUGUCUGUAUUCUAUGCGUAAAGCUAGAGAAAGAUGUUUUUGUUAACCACUUGUAUCUCCACAUUCUUGUGGGUCAUCUGCUCCCGUCUACUUCCAGGACAGAAUGCUGUUUUGAUAGUGUUGAGGCCUGUCUGCUCCUGUUGGCAUGUUUGGGUGAAGAGAAGGAAGUUAACUCUUAUUUUAUAUUUUACCUGAAAGGUCAGGAGCUCUGGGUUUUGGCUGUGAUGUCUGUCAUGCAAGACUUUAGCUUGCUUUGGGUACUAGAAAUUUCAAGCAAGCAGCACUGUGUUCCCUUGGUAAAAAUUUCAUCUUUCAUCCAGGGUUCUGUGAUGUUUCCUACUUAUUCCUCAAAGUCUCUGACUUCUGUCACUUUUGAAAUGUAAGAAACAAGGCAAUUUUUGCCAUCCUUUCAGCAGGUGAUCUUAUCUACUCCAAGGAAAGCGGUUAAUGUAAAAGUCCAUGUAAGAAUUUGAUCUGUUAGGUAACUCAUCUUCACUGUUCCCUCAGUAUCAUAGGAGUGGUUUCUUCUAGUGGGUGUUUGCAUGUGUAAUGGGAGGUGGGAAUUGUUUUACAGUUGAUGGCAGAUGCUGAGUCUCUGCUCCCCUUCUCCCCUACAUGAAGCAGAGUUACUUUUCCCUCAGGUUGUGUCUGUUGGAAGGUACUGUUUAGAUCUCUUCUGCACGUUGUCCAAUGUAACAGAAACAGUAUAUUCUAACUAUUCAUUUUACUCCCUAGGGGUGCUACCUCUGCAGGGGAGGGCUUGGGUGUUGCAGGGGAAGAAAAUAAAGAAGAUGCAUUUGAUGUUUUCCGUCAAAGAAUGAUACAAAUGUACAGGCAGAAAAGAGCAAGUAAAUAGGUAUGUGCAAUGGACAAGUCUGGUUUGUGAAUUCCUGCAAACAUUAAAAUACCAGGUUUUUAAAGUCUUCUUUUACCAAGAAAAUAUUGUUUCCAUGAGUAUAUCUGGCUUCUUAACAUUUCAUGAAAACCCAGACCUACCCUGAGCUGCUGAAUUACCCCAAAUCUUACUUUCUAGGUGUGACAUAAGAGACUUGCUCAUUAGCAAGAGCACGGAUAUGCAAAGGCUGCUGUGUGAAAGUCUUCGGCAGAGAGUGCCAGUAUGAAGAACACUUUGUUCUGUAGUAGUGGAUUUGAACGCUUAUAUUAUUAUUUUCCAGGAUUAAUGUUAAUCUUGUAUUUAAUUGUGCAAGCUAACAACUUGGAUGUUAUCUUCUGAGGGAGAAACAACUGGUUUUGUUCUUGGAAGUGCCAGUUUUCCUCUGUCUUAGGCCACGUUUGCCUGUUUUGCAAUGAGGCAGCUUACUACCAACUGAAAAAGCAACGUUACCAUUGCGACUAGCCUGCUUUGGCUCUGUUCCUUUUGAAGCCAAGAACCUUCUCAAACUAAAAACUUAUUACCAGGCAGAUCAGUUUAUACUUUGCUACAUUUUGUUGAUGGGCUCAUCUUCUCAUCUGCUUUUCAAGUCUCCUUUCCUCCACACACCAGUUUCAAGAAGAAUCUGUACCCACCUGCUUAUUUUAUAUAGGAUUCUAUACUUGAAGUGUAGGAUGAAUAAGUAAGUUCAAUUGAGUCUGAGAAUGCUAAAAUCUUCCUUGGAAACACUGGCUGCUAAGGCUUUCCAUUGUAGCAAACAAGCAGUGCAUAUUUUAUAUGUACUUUUUGAUUUUACACAAGUUUGCAGCUCUUGUUCAACAAAUUCUUGAAUAAUAGCUUUCCUACUCAAGGAAGUUUAAGCCAUGACCAGGUGUGAUUUGUGUGUUUGCAGAAAAUACUGAAGAAGAUACUUGGAAAUCAAAUAAUCAAAAGUCAUCUGGAAGUGGAUCAUCAGUUUUGUAAGACCAUCAGUUUAGAGAGUAAUUUCUGUUUCUAUUAAAUAUUGGCUUUGCAGAAGUUUUCAUUGAAAAACCCCAUGCAAUAAGACAAAAAGCUUGUAAUUCUGAGGGACUAUUUCAGAUGAGAGAGAAGACUGGAUUAACCUACUCUGCUUCAACAAAAAGCAAUUCCUAACUUCUUGGUGAAGCAGCUCUGAAGACAUGAAAGAUUUAGCAGUGUUACCACAAAUAAACAUUCAAAGUCUGAUCAUUCAUCUUUUUCAGACAAGCACAUCAACAAGAGCUCUGUGACUGGAUUACUGAAAGUGGCAGAAUGUAAUGCACUUUUUUAACAUACUUCUCCAUCUUUACCUUCCUAAAAUUAGUUAAAAGUCUUCACUUGAAUGUUACGGUACCAAAACCUACUUCACUGAAGUUCUCUUUAAAGAGUUCAUCUUGAGCUGAUGCAUGUUUUGCUUAUUAGGAGUGAGUGCUGUCUUGCUGAUGUUCUCAUCCUGCAUCAUGCUUCUUUACAGAGCAAAGAGCUUGUGCACUCCACCAUAGUGUAGCAGCACCUCAAGCUCCUAACUGACAAAUACACAAGAAAAUGUGCUCUUCAGUUACAAACAUGCCUGUGUCUGCUGUUUAAAGAACAUUAUAUACUCUCCAUUUAAAAACCCUGCUGGUUGAAAGGGAGUUUAUUUGUUUUCAUUCUGUAGCAACAAACUUUUUCUGGCCUGUAACAAUCAUCAUGAAUGCAAGUUUUUUCUUUAUGGUAUGGGUUUGUGAAACUAAAAGAAACAGUGUCAUGUUUUGGUGUAAUUUUCUGAUCACUGUUUUAGUUGCUCUGAAGCACACUAAUCACUAAAUAAAACCAUAAUGGCAGGUAUAGAAAAAUACCACGUUGCUAGUUCUGUUUUUCCAUGGGCAUCACAUGUCUUCACCUUUACGUUAACAAGAAGCUGAAGCAUGAAGACCAUAAAUACACAUAAGUUUAUCUGGUUAUCACAUUUGUUUAAAGACAUUUGAUGGUCUGGAGAUUUCUGUAGGCUUUACUUUACCUGGAGAUGCUUUAAAUCCAUAAAUGUUUUGUACCUGCCUUAAAAGUCAUCAGUUACGGUGUUUGGUGGUACCUGUUAAGUUCCCAACUGGGUGUAUUCUUCACUGCCUCUCUUCUGUGCCUGGUUAGCAGUUAUGUAAUCUAAAACUUUGAGCCUAUUGAAAAGGAGAGUUAUCAGUCACUGUCUGUUUUACAGUGACAGUCUGGAACUAAUGUUGUUGGCUUCUGAAUUAUUUCUCAAAAGGGAUUAGUUUUUCUUUUAGUUCCAUUGAUGAAGCUGCCAGUUUUUCUGUUCACAAUUUUUUAUUUCCUUGCAAGCUUCCAGUUAACCUCUUCUUUAACAUUUACAUUUUGGUAGCGUUCUUGAUUAUGUGUUGCACUACUUGCAGAAAGGCACAAGGCAGUGUCGUUUCACACUGGAUUGAAAUCCAGUCUCUCACCCUAGGUCAGCAUUCUGCGCUGCUCUGAUUUAACCCGAGUUUGUUGGCCAUAGUCCCAUUUGGGGUGCCUUUGCUAAACACCUACUUGCUCAAUCUGGGAAAACUCUUGGUAUCCAGACUGGAAAAUGGUACCUUCCUUUCUGAUUGCGGUUCAAUUUAGAGUACAAUGCUGUCUUGAAACUAAAAGUGAACAUUGGGAAAAUCUUAAUCUGCUACUCUGGAUGGCUGUAGUCAUAGUAUGGUCUAUCUUUCUUGUGCCAAACUUUAAUUUUGGACAAGACAUCAACAGAGCAGUAUUGGUGCUGAGAUUCCAGUGUUGCUCUCACGUGAGUUACUAUUUGCCACUUUUAUCUUGUGUUACCAAGAGAUGACCUUAUGCUCCUUUUGCAAAAGGAAUUUCCUUUUAUUUUGACCUGCUUUUGCAGGCAGCUCUGAUUUGAAAAUUUAAAUAUGUACAUAUGAAACAUUUGUUAUGCAGAUACAUUGCCUUGUUGAAAGUUUACUAGCUUCUUUUCUGUUAUUUUAGUUCCAGGCUCUCUUCCAUGAAGACUGCAAGCUUCAGUGAACAUUUUAACUAACUUCAGUGGUGUGUCUACUGUCUUUUGGUUGUUUUUUUUUAUUAUUUUGUUUUGUUGUUUUUGGGUUUUUUUGCUUGUUUGUUUUGCCAUUAAUCUUGCAGAGCAAUUUGCUAGUUUCUGUUCCAUGCAAAUUGGCAGUAGCAUUUAGCUAGUAACAUUAGAUGCUGAUGUUAUUGGGUAACUGACGUUUCCUUUCAGUGUAAGUAAAACUGUUAGCAUUGUUAAUCUUUUAAUAUCUGCAAUAAAUAUAGAACUAAACACUAUAUGGUUUAAAUGUUUUGCUUGUGAGUUUGGCCGUUUGUAAGAGAUGUGCAUCAUUUUUGGCACUAACAAGUGGAAUUGAGAUUAUGCAGUGUUAUAUUAAUGUAAAGCAGGAUUUUAGUGUGUGAGGGAAGGAAGGUCCCUCUGUUUCUGUGCUGCUAAAAGCUUCUGUUGAGAACAGCCACGAAAUCAUUUCUUAGUUACUUCUUCACGUGGCUUCCAGUGUAUUAAACCCAUACACAACAGUGUUACUCUCCACAUGAAUGCCAGAACCAUUGUGCUCCAGUUAGAAUGCCAGUUUUACUUUUUAUUCGCAGUCAUUUCCAGUUUUCUUCAUGUACUGACUUUAAGACAGCAAAACUUUCUGCAUAUAUGUGUGGUUUAUGGUUGCCUUUAAAUUUGAAUUCCUUUUUUAGAUGGGAUAUGAGGAGAAAAAAAACGCAGCAAACUGAAAUUUAACAAUUGUGCAGCCACGUUCUAAUGAGAGGUGAAGUGCACGUAUUUAUUUGCUAAGGAUACAGGCUGAGUCUCCUGUCCCUUGCUUUUACACUGACACCUAUGGCAAGAUUUACUAGACAUGCUUGAGUCCCAGCUCUGCCUUUUUCCUCUUUUUUUUCUCCUUUCCCUUUAAAUACUUACUACAUGUGUAAGGACCUGGUUCUAGAAGAAGGGAUGUUUGCUCUCAUCGGAGAGGAAUGAGGAGAUCCCUAUUUUGGGGGAGGUGUUUUAACAGAGUAAAGAACUGUAGUCACUAAUACACCAUUUGGAGUAAUUGUGUUGAAAUCAUAUGAGGGGUUUUUUUGUUUGCUUGUUUUGUCUCUGAGGCUUUUCUUUGUUGUAACACCAGUUAUGUUUUUCCUAUUUAUUGUUUGUUUUUUUGACAACACUACAUCAUCCUUAGUGUGAACACUUCAUCUGUGCCGAGAUGUUCCUUCUCAAAAUCAAUGUACGGUACUUUUUUCCUAUUCCAUUUUGCUUUAAAGUUCAUCAUGAUGUAUCAUGCUAAAAAAAAAGAAAAGUCUGGAUUCAGAAAUUCAAAUGUUAUUUGUUUGGAUUGUUUUCUAUGCUACGAACAGGUAUAUUUUCUAAUUAAAAAUAAAUUCUUCAAAGUUCUGUA